CUCGCGGAUUUUACGUAACGUUUAAAAGCACGACUACGUCAUCACGGCUGUUGUCACCCACGAACGAUUGCCUAAUCCCACAGCAAUGGACGGAUCAGAUGAAGAAAAUCCUGAUCAGGAAGAUGCUGUUGAGGAGCAACUGUACAAAGCACAAAGGAUUCAUGUCGAUGUCCUGCUUGAGAUGAGUGAGGAGGCCUUUUUAAAAGAAACGGAUCCACACGAGUAUCAUUGCUACUGUGGUUGGGAAGAGGCCGUGCGGGGCUGGGACAGAGUUGCUCCAGUUAGUUGCAUUCUACUUCCUCAAAAGAAAGACAAAAAACCAAAGCCGCGUAAGGACACAACAGACAAUCCACCCUCCACGCAUGCAGAGACAAUUCAUGGAGACACGUUAGCCAUGAGUGGAGAGCACUGUGGCGAGUCCCAGUCGAGCCCUCAUUACUCGAAGAAAUCCACACCGUCAAGCCAGAAGACCAUAAUCGAACCAGAAUCCCCAGAAUGGCAUGCGCUGGAUGGCGCAGAGGAAGACUCAUCGCAUCUACUCCACGAAGAGAGGUCGCAUGUCAGCGGGAUUCCUUUGCACCUACAACAUUUACCCUCAAACAUGACAAAGGGCAGGCCACCCAAACCCAUGAAGCGCCAAACUAAAAGCAAAGUUGUUCCCAUUACCAACUUCACAUUUUUACCUCCAAUAAAAUGAUGGGCCAGCCACAGCUCAGCUUUAUAUGCCAUGAAAAAAAAACCAGGAAUAUUAUGAAAAUGGUUGCUUUUUUUUUAAGAAACGUGGACUUCCAAAUCAAACCAAAGAUGAAGUCAGCAACUUUUUUUUUUUUAAACAAGGGUUUCUGAGCUUUCUACUUUCCAAAAUGCAUGUGAUGAAAUGUAGUACUUCAGUACUCAUGUGCCCUGUCCUGUUGAUUACCACCCACGCACAUUAAAAUAUGAAGAGUGAUUUGGGA